AUGUUGCAAAAGGCUAUGCGCAAGUUGCAGGAGCUCAGCUUGGGGGGUGAGGAAGUAGGGGAUGUCACCGUCACCUCCAGCGAAGGGAUCGCAGUUCGGCCGACAGGGAAACGGAGCCGGUGGUCCGGAGUUAUCAGAGAUGUUAUAUUGGAGGGACAGUGGGAAGCAGCGUCUGCAAUUGCCUGCCCGGUACUGGUACAUCCUAAACCGGACGGUACUAGCGAGGCUCGCUGGAAAUCCUUUGAUUGGAAAAUGAUGCACCAGCUCUGCAAUACAUUGUCUCAGUAUGGGAUAAAUUCUGAGCCGGCAAGACAGAUGUUGCAAUUCGUGUUUAGUUCAGAUCUCUUAACCCCUGCCAAUUGUAUGCAAGUCGCAAAAUUGUUAUUAACACCUGCCCAGUAUAUCCUGUGGGAACAGGAGUGGGAAAGACCAGCGAGGCAAAGCGUGCCGGAGGUCGGGAAACGACCAGCGGAGCGCGAUGGGGAGCCGCGCGGGGAAAAUAGUAGCUCCUGCCCCAGCUGUGAACCUGGGCUCGGGCCAAGCCCCGCCACCCGAGGCAGCCUGGGCAUCGACCUGGCCACCGCAAUAAAUGUGACAUUGAUAGAUCAGAAUCCUGUGCGAAUUCCCACAACGACGCGCAGGCCUUUACACGCCUCCAGGCAGAAGUUGAGAGCCUUGUUGCCUGGCCGAUCUUCCUCGGGACUGAGAGGCAUUAUAAUCUUCCCUGGUGUUAUUGACGCAGACUACACAGGAACCGUAGAGAUUGUCGCCUACACCCUGUUUCCACCUCUAAUCAUUCCAAAAGGAAGUAGGAUCACGCAGUUAGUGCCACUAGAAAAUUUGGUGGCCCGGAUAUGCCCACUGACACCCUCGACGCUGGUCAGGGGCGAGGCCGGGUUUGGCUCUACGGGACCAGUGGCCUGUCUGACCUUGUGCAUGCAGAAAAGGCCGAUUUUGCCAGUGACCUUAAUACAUCAAGGCGAGUGGGUGACAACUGAGGCCCUCCUCAACACGGGCGCAGAUGUCACCCUGGUAUCUCAGUGCGUUUGGCCCCGGCACUGGCUGCUGCAGCAAGGCGCUGGAGGAUUUGGAGGAAUAAGAGACGUCAAGAUUGCACGAGUAAGCACCCAUCCCGUUACUCUGCUGAUUGACGGCAAGAGUGCAUCAACGAGAGAAACGGUAAUUGAGCUGCCACCCAGUGUGAAUGCCCUCCUCGCGGCCUCUGUUAGGCAGCCAUUAGGAAUCACUUGGAAAACAAUCGAGCCCAUUCUAAGUGCUGAACGGCUGCAGAAAGCUCAUGAACUGAUAAAAGAACAACUGCAAGCUGGACACCUGAAGCCAUCAACUAGCCCCUGGAACACACCUGUUUUUGUCAUCCCCAAGAAGUCCGGGAAGUUCCGCUUGUUGCAUGACUUAAGGAAGGUAAAUGAACAAAUGGAGCCCAUGGGGGCAUUGCAGCCAGGGUUACCAACGCCUGUCAUGCUGCCACAGUCAUAGCCUCUGUGGAUUAUCGACUUGAAGGACUGUUUUUACACUCUUCCGCUACAUCCCGAGGACAUGUGUUGGUUCGCCUUCACGCUACCUUCUAUUAACCAUGCGGAGCCAGCCCAAUGCUUCAAGUGCGUUGUGCUACCCCAGGGAAUGUGGAAUAGUCCCACAAUGUGCCAGAUAUUUGUGGCUGCGGCCCUACAACCCCUGUGCCGCCUGUGGCCUAAUACGAUCAUUUAUCAUUACAUGGACGACAUCCUCCUAGCGCACGAAUCUGGGUUCACUUUGGAGGAUGAAAAGAUAUUAGCUGACACUCUGAGCCAGUGCGGCCUGGUUAUCGCCCCGGAAAAGGUGCAAAGGACUUCGCCCUGGAAAUACCUAGGCUGGACGAUAACGGAAACCUUAAUAUGUCCACAAAAACUCACCCUGAAUAUGGAACUUAGAAACCUUACAGACGUCCAGACCCUGAUGGGGGAUCUGCAGUGGGUUCGUCCUCUGUUGGGCAUUACCAACGAGGAUAUAGCACCAUUGGGCGCACUUCUGAAGGGCACCAACGCCGCCAAGCCCAUUGUCCUCACCCCAGAGCAACGCACAUGCAUCCGUCGCCUGGGAAUCCUGAUAGGCACGCGAGCAACGCACCGGCGACGCCUGGACCUUCUCCUUCGUCUCCUGAUCUCGUCCACCAAAUAUUCAGUCCUUGCCCUCAUCAUGCAGUGGCAAAAGAAAAAAGGGGGAGGGGAAGAUCACCUUGCGGUCCUUGAGUGGCUGUUUACACCCAUCCAGCCGAAAAAGAGUGUAGUCCCGUGCUUGGAAGCCAUUGCGAACAUGGUGCGGAAAGGAAGAACCCGAUUACUAGCGAUAGCAGGAUAUGAGCCGGAAAGUAUACACCUGCCAAUGCAGCCCGCGGACCUGGAAUGGGCCCUGCGGCACUCCACAUCUCUGCAGUUGGCGCUCUUGGAAUACGGAGGGGCAGUUAAAAGAGCCACGCGGCUACAAACGGCCACAUAUUGCAUUAUCCACGUGCGUAGUCAUCAGUGGCAGGAAGGCCUGAGAGAAGGCAAUGACCGAGCUGAUUGGUUGGUCCGCUGGGCAGCUGGACGAUCACCGCUCAGCCAAUUCGAAAUGGCUCAGAUUGCCCAUGACCAGUUCCACAUGAACGCCAACGGGUUAGCCUGCUCCUCAAUCACAGUCUCAGAGGCCAAGGGGAUUGUGCAGACGUGUCCACAAUGCAGUCAUCACGGGCCGGGGUUGGGUAUAGGUGUAAACCCUCGCGGGCUGAAAGCGCUGGAAAUAUGGCAGAUGGAUGUUACCCACGUACCCGCGUUUGGUCGGUUAAAGUAUGUACAUGUGACAGUAGAUACAUUUUCGCAUGCAAUCUGGGCAACUGCUCAGCCAGGGAAAAGAGCUAUCCAUGUCAAAAAGCACUUGACGGCCUGUUUCGCUGUCCUGGGCGUUCCGGAAGAAAUAAAAAGAGAUAAUGGACCGGCCUAUAUUAGUGAUGGGGUCUGGCAAUUCUGUGGGAGGUGGGGGUGA